AUGCUGGCGGCGGCGGGCUUCGAGCGCGACCCGAUGGCCGACCUCGGCACGGAGGAGGAGCGGGCGCUCGGGAGGCUGGUCCUGGAGAAGUACGGCUCCGACUUGUUUUUCUUAGACAGGCACGGUGGCGGAUCCUUCUUCUGUGAGGCCUUUCUACACGAUGCCGUGCAGGGACCAGCCGGAGUAUUCGAAUUCCUAUGA